AUGGCUUCCAGGUAAAGAUUUGAAUUGAUUGACUCUUUAGAAUUUGAAUCGAUUGACCCUUUAGUUUAAUAUUGAGGUUAUUGAUUACAAAUAAUAAACUUUGUCGAUUACAGAGACUUGUCUGAUCUUUCUCUCGACGAUAUCAUCAAGACGAACCGUACUCAAAAGUCUGGUGGAGCUCGUCGGACCAGUGGUGCUGGGGGCUCUCGCCCCGUCCGUCGAGUUGGUGGGGCUGGUCCCAUCAAGAAGGUACGAUAAGAACUUUUUAUCGUCAACAAGCUCGACUCUCUGAACUUCUAAGCGCUGAAACAAGGCUUUAACUUCCCCAAGCUCCAACGAUAUCUGAUAUGGUGGACUAAGCCCUAUCAGAUAUCGUUUCCCCAAUGAUUAGAAGGUUAAGAUGGACUCAUUUAUCGGUGGUGGAAGUAGGCGGUGGACUGGACUGGUCGCUGGCUGGAUUCUGGAUCCGUUGGUCAUCGUCUUAGCACUGGUUUCUCCCGUAUUUUAGAAACGAAAAGACAGUCCUUGGCUGCCUUUGUUCUUAAGAGGUGUCGUAGCGAGUUGAAUCGAUGAGAUUCAUUUUGUUAACUUUUGUGGAAUCUUCAGAGAAAUCAAGGAACAAAGAAAUGGGACAAUGACAAAUUCUUCGAAGUCUACGCAAACAAAAAGUCCGGAGGCGGAUCUGGGUCGGCAGCCGGAGGUAAGGCCGUCUGCAGAUUGGCCAACAUUCCCUACAAUGUCACACAAGAGGAACUUGAGGUAAGCGUUAACUUAUUUUUCUAAAUUUAGGCCUUAGCAACGUCAUAUCUUAUUUUUAAUCGUAACAAUACUUCUUUCAGACCUUGUUCCAAAAGUACCGACUAUCCAAGGUGACCCUCCAUUACGACUACAAGGGAAGAUCUGUUGGAACAGCUGAGCUUCAUGGAAAUAGAGAUGCCAUUCAGCGGGUCAAAAGGGACUUUACAGGUGUUGAAAUCGACGGUAAGAUCAUUUUUAAACCUCACCAAAUGGUUUCUGGUUAUCAAAUCCAACCUUCUAUUUUCCAGGCAGAGCUGUUGAGAUUACUGUAGUUGGAGCUGGAGGCGGAUCUCCCUCUCUUGCUCGCCGAAUUUCCCGGCCAGGUGGAGGAGCUCCUGCCCGACGAGGAGGUCCAGGGCGAGGUGGGGCAGGAGGAAAGGGACCCAAGAAAACUCAGAAACCCAAGUUGACAGCAGCUGAACUUGACAAAGAACUCGACGAGUAUAUGAAGAGCACCAACAAAAUGGAAUCAUAA